GUGCCCCUCGGAGGCCGCAAGACUCGGAAACCUUUCCAGGAGCAGUGUGCGGGAGGCAGAAGCGCCCCCUGGAUUAGCAAAGCCACCUGCCAAAUACUGCUGCCACCAUGCCCAAGCGAAAGGCUAAAGGAGAUGCUAAAGGUGACAAAGUGAAGGUGAAGGAUGAGCCACAGAGGAGAUCAGCACGGUUGUCUGCUAAACCGGCACCUCCAAAGCCAGAGCCCAGGCCUAAAAAGGCUCCUACCAAGAAGGGAGAGAAACUUCCCAAAGGGAGAAAAGGGAAACCAGAUGCUGGCAAAGAUGGAACCAACCCUGCAAAAAACAGAGAUGCCUCUACAGUCCAGGCCCAGAAAGCGGAAGGCACUGGAGAUGCAAAGUGA